GCACGUGGGCCGCAGCCAUGGCGGACACGGACUCGGCCGCCGCCGCCGCCGUGCGCUUCAAGAGCAACUACGCCGCGACGCGAAAGAUCGAGCCGUUCUACAAAGGAGGGCGAAUCCAGAUAAGCCGGGAUGGGAAGUUCAUGUUCUGCCCCUGUGGGAGCAAAGUCAACGUCAUCGAUGUGGAAACGGGAGCUGUCCUGCACAGCCUCCAGCAGGAUGAGGAAGAGGAUGUCACAGCAUUUGUGCUCAGCCCUGAUGAUGAGGUGCUGGUGACGGGCAGCCGGGCGCUGCUGCUGCGCCGCUGGCGCUGGAGGGAGCCCAGCUGUGAGCGCAGCUGGCGAGCCGUGCACACCGCGCCCGUGGCCACCAUGGCCUUCGACCCCACGGCCACCCUGCUGGCCACAGGUGGCUGUGACAGCACCAUUAAGAUCUGGGAUAUGGUCAAACACUACUGCACGCACAACCUGAAAGGAUCCUCUGGAGUGGUACACCUGGUCGAGUUCCACCCCGACAUCUCCCGCCUGCAGCUCUUCUCCUCCUCCAUGGAUUACAAAAUCCGCAUCUGGGACCUGAGCUCCAGCAAAUGUGUGGCACUGCUGGAUGGGCACUUCAGUGCUGUCACCUCACUGGCGUUUGCAGAUGGGAACACCCUCCUGAGCUCUGGCCGUGACAAGAUCUGCAUGGUCUGGGACCUGGACACCAGGCAGAGCAAACGAACUGUCCCUGUGUAUGAGACUGUGGAAGCCGCUGUCUUGUUGCCCGAAGAGGGAGAUUUCUCUCAGCUGGGUGUGAAGAAACAAGGGCUGCACUUUGUCACAGCUGGCAGCAAAGGCAUGCUGAGGGUGUGGGAGGUGGCCACAGCUGCCUGUGUGCACACCCAGCCCGUGCCCUUCACGCUGCAGGAGGAGCCCAGCGAGCACAGCCUCUCCCAGUGCCAGUUUGUUCCUGCCAGGAAUGAGAUCCUCACCGUGUCCAUGGAGCACAACAUCAUCUUCUAUGAUGCUCACACCCUGCAGCUCAGGAAGCAGCUCGCAGGAUACAAUGAGGAGGUUCUGGAUGUGAAGUUCCUGGGCCCUGGUGACUCUCACAUUGUUGUGGCCACCAACAGCCCCCAGCUGAAAGUGUUUGAGCUGGCAACAUCCCAUUGCCAGAUCCUGUAUGGCCACACAGAAACAAUCCUGGCUUUGGAUGUCUUCAGGAAAGGCCUGAUGUUUGUCACCUGUGCCAAGGACAGGAGCGUGCGGGUGUGGCGGAUGGGCAGGGCUGGCAGGGUCAGCUGUGUGGGGCUGGGCCUGGGCCAUGCCCACAGCGUGGGAGCUGUCACCUGCUCCAGGCUGAAGGAAAGCUUUGUAGUGACCAGCAGCCAGGACUGCACCAUCAAGAUCUGGAACAUCCCAGAAUCUCUCACUUCCAAAGCAAAAGCAGCCUUGAUCUCCAGUCCAGAGCCCCUCCAUGCCAGAGUGACUGAGAGGGGCCAUGACAAGGACAUCAACAGCGUGGCAGUGUCCCCCAAUGACAAACUGCUGGCCACGGGCUCGCAGGACCGGCUGGCCAAGCUCUGGUCCUGCUCUGACUGCUCCCUGCUGGGGGUUUUCUCUGGCCACAAACGUGGCAUCUGGUGUGUGCAGUUCUCCCCUGUGGAUCAGGUCUUGGCCACCUCCUCAGCUGAUGGGACCCUGAAGCUUUGGGGACUUCGGGAUUUCAGCUGCCUGAAGACCUUUGAAGGCCACGAUGCCUCAGUGCUGAAAAUCAUCUUUGUGAGCCGAGGGGCUCAGCUGCUCAGCAGUGGAUCUGAUGGUCUCUUAAAACUCUGGACAAUUAAAACAAACGAGUGUGUGAAAACAUUAGAUGGUCAUGAAGAUAAGAUCUGGGGCCUUCACUCCAACAAGAAAGAUGACAUGGUCGUGACAGCCUCCAGUGACUCCUGCAUCACCCUGUGGCAGGAUGUGACUGAAAUUGAGGAGAAAGAAGCACAGGCUAAACAGGAGGAGCAGAUUAUGAAAGAGCAAGAGCUUUCUAACCUCCUCCAUGAGAAAAGGUACCUCAAAGCUCUGGGCUUGGCCAUCUCCCUGGACCGGCCACACACGGUGCUGACAGUGGUCAAGGCCAUCCUGAAGGAGCCUGAGGGGAGGAGGCACCUGGAGGAGAACAUUGCUCGGCUCCGCAAGGAUCAGAAAGAGGCAGUGCUGGGCUUCCUGGUGACCUGGAACACCAACUCCAGAAACUGCCACGAGGCGCAGGCUGUGCUGGAAACGCUGCUGAAGCACGAGACACCUGACAACCUCCUGCAGCUCUCAGGAGUUAAAUCUGCUGUGGAGUCCCUGCUGCCCUACACAGAGCGUCACUUCCAGAGGCUGAGCCGCCUGCUCCAGGCUUCCACCUUCAUCGAGUUCAUGUGGCAGAACAUGAGGCUGGCAGAUGUGGCCCAGCAGGACCAGGGGACUCUGUGACCCCCCCACUUCCACCACAUUCUCUCUCCAAGAAGCCCACCAGGAUGGCAGCUGGAUUUUUAGUUCCUGUAUUUUAUUAUAAAUGUUUUCAUUUCUAAACCAAGUCCAGUAUUCAUUCUCCUCGGGGAUGAAAGAAAGGAAAAGGUAAUUUCUUGGCCAAACUGGGGUUUGUGUUUUCACACCCUGAAGUUUCAGACUCACAAACAGCAGUUAGUUUGGGAUAAAAAGGCAGAAGGCCAAGAAGCAGUUGGGAUUUAAAGGAUUCAUGGAGCUGGGAUCUUGCUUGGGCAAAGCAGUCUGGACCAAGGCAGGGGUCCCACCUGUACCCAUCCCAAAUUUAGCACCUGGGAAGGAGAGAAGCACAAUUUAAAUUGCCCAAACAGCAAAUUUUAAAAGCAUAAAACACAAGCAGGCUUCAGAGAUAUUUACAUGUAUUUUAUUCCAUAGUCACAAAUGUAUAAAAUUCAAACAAUACAAAAACUCACAAAUUCUUAUAAAAGUAUUAACAGAUACCUGGGAGAACAAGUACAAUUAAAGCCAUCAGUGUAGAGAAAAGUCUUAAUUUUCCUAUAACUCUCUUUCUAACUCAUUUCUAGCAGAAGAGUUUAGGAUUAGAAUUGUUUCAGUAACUACCCAGUCCCUGGAAAGAGGAAUGUUUUGUCCAUAAAAGUUCCCUAUUCCCAUUCCCUGUUGGGACACAAGCUGUGACUCCCCUGGUUGUGUUCCUGUGCCUCCACAGACAUGGCUGGAGGGAACAAGGAUGAGAUUCCUCCCCAACAGGUUUUUUUUUCUCUCAACCACUCAGCAGAUCCAGCCCUUCCUUUAUUUCAUGGCCUCUCCACUAACCUAUGAAAAAACAUCCCCAAACCAACACCAAAAGUCAGAAAGUCAAAAACUGACCUCGCUCAGUUCUCUCCCAGGAGCUCCCUGGGGAAGCUGCAGCAGGAGUGGUGUGGAUGUGGAAAGGACAGUCCCCAACCCUCAGUCUGCCCAGGGGGGUGUGGAUGUGUUUGUGUCCUGCAGGAAGGGACAGUCCCAAACCCUGAGGCUGCCCAGGGAGGUGUGGAUGUGUUUGUAUCCUGCAGGAAGGGACAGUCCCCAACCCUAAAGCUGCUCAGGGAGGUUGGAUGUGUUUGUGUCCCUCAGGAAAGGACAGUCCCAAGCCCUGACUCUCUGGUGCUGCCCAGGGGACUCCAGUGAGUGGGGUGCCAGGGCUGUCCCCGUG